CACUGAGUUUUCGUAAUCGCCGAGUUUAGUUGAUUCUAGUUUCUUUAUCGUCCAGCGAACAAAAAAGCUUCUAUCGAAAUGAUGGACUUUUUUAUAGCCAGUAAUCAUCAGGAGCCAAAGACAGGCUUCGGUCAAAUCCUGGACCCUCCACCCGAUUCAGGUCCCCCGGGAUUCAACGACCUACCCAUGGAGAUUUUACUGAUGAUUAUGGACAUGAUAUCGUUAGAGGAUCGUAUAGCGGCAGGUGAAACGUGCCGUCGUUGGCUGGAGGCGGCUCAUUACUACACACCAUUCAACGAACAGUUCGUGUUUCGAUUUUCGAACAUUAACUUCAGUGAUUACGAGCCACCUUUGAGUUAUUUCCUCAAAGGAUUUCGCAUUUUCCCCCGGAUCGAAAUGAGUUCGGUGAUGUUUUAUGGGAAAAGUGAUUUUUGGCCAGAUUUCGGAGAGUACAUUCGAGACUUGUUCAUUUCCAACAGCAACAUUCAGUUUGAAGGGUUGAUUUGGAUUCUUCAGAACUCGCCGAACUUGUGUAAGUUGGGGCUCGAAUCGUGUGAUGAGUUGUUCAAAACGUGGGUUUUCGAAAACUCAUAUUGUUGCAAGCAGUCUAACUUUAUACUGGAGAACUUGGUGGACGUGUCCCUGGCAAAUAACGAUUUUGUGAACGAGCUACAGUUCAACUGGAUUAUGACUAUAGCCCCGAACAUUACACAUUUGAAUAUUUCCAACUGUUUCAAAAUGAUUCCCUCGGUGCGUCGCGUAGCUAUGGUGGAGCACGUGAUGCGCCUCAUCAACAACAGGAAAUUUCAGUUUCAGUCACUUCUGUUCAACGGAACACUUUCCAUGGAUGACAUCUGCCUAAGUACUUUGGCACUCCUGGAUGGGCUACGGUUGGAGAGCUUGGGCUUAACAUUCUGUGAUAAAAUUCCAGUAGCAAUUAUCGAUUUGCUGCGACGAACGCCGGAUCUAAAAAUCACGCAAUCUCUCCAGUGGAAAGUCAGUAAAACGAAAAAGAUCAUGAAAGCCCCUGGUUUCAUAAGUUUCAUAUCGACACAAAAAUACUUGGAACAUUUGGAUCUUACAUCGUCGCUAGGAAUCACAGAUGAAAUUAUGGAUCUCAUCAUAAAUUGCCUCCCAAGGCUGAGAACCUUGAAAGUUCGUCGCUGUAUUCUGCUAACCGACGAAGGAAUCAUGAACAUUGUAAAGCUGGAAAACCUGGAAGUACUUGAUCUGUCCAACUGCGAGAAAAUUUCCGACAAAGCCAUGUUCAACGGUGUCGUCGGGCGGAAAAUCAAACGACUGAAGGAGCUGUACCUUUGUGAGCUACCCUAUCUGAGCGAUUACACCUUGAUCCAGGUGACGCUCAACUUCAGUAUGAUCCAAAUUCUGGAUCUUAGCUGCACCCCCAACGCUGCUAGUGACCCCACCAUGCAGUACAUCAACUUCUAUCUGGUGCACAUGCGGAAGCUAAACCUGGACAGCUGCAACAAGAUCUCCGACGCAGGUAUUACCGGCAUCGAUCUGCCGUACAACCCUUUGGAAAUUUGGGAUAUUUCCGAGUCUUUUUCCAUCACCCGGCUGUUCAAAUUGCGUACCCUGGUGCUGACGGGUUGCUACCGGGUUACGGAUCUUUCGCUGCAGAAUGCCAUGCACUUCGGCGAGUUGAAGGAGCUUCAUAUGGCAAGGUGCUAUCAGAUUACUCAACGCGGCAUCCAGGCGUUGGUGGAAAACAAUCGAGCCAUCGAGUAUCUGGACAUCAGCGGGUGUCCACUCGUAACCGAUAGUUGCAUCGACAUCAUCACCAGCACCCUGAAACGACUGAAAACUCUCCGGGCCGAUAAGUGUCCGCUCCUCACGAACGAAUGCUUCUACUUUGUGAGCGUCAACUGCCAGUAUUUGAAGCAUAUCUCCCUCGGAGGCUGUCUGCGAUUAACCCGGGUCAAGAAACGACUAUCGGCCUCGGUACCAACCCUGCACGAGAUCGAAUGUGACGAAUAGGAGCUCCGCGCGGAUCAACUGAUUU